AUGCCGGCAGAGCCCCCUACACCCAUUGAAACCAGCAUCCCCAACCGCAGCUACCUCCUCAAACUCGACUGCAUCUCCUGCCCCUUCCUCAUCCGCCCCUCCAACCGCAACCAAUGGGAAAAAGACCCGCGCCCUAACCAAUUGACCCUAGCGCUCUACAUUGAUGGUCCCCACCCUCCGCCUCUACCUCCAAGCCAACCGCAUCCCUUCGCCCCGCCCUUCACUGCGAAUCAGAUUGGUGUGAAUGAGACGUUAGAGCAGGAAGAGAAUAACAAUGGAUGGGGGAUUCCUGUACGGCAGUUCGAGUUGGCGUAUGAAUUUGAUGUGGUGACCUAUGCGCCGAAGGAUAAGGUACGGGAGUGGGAGGUUCUCAUCGAAUUUCAGAUUACGGGGUUGAGGCAUGAGGAGCAUGUGCCGAAGGAUAUCCCUUUCUCAGGUGGCGUGUCUUAUCCGGAGACGGAGGGCGUGGUGCCGGGUGUGACUAGCGUUGUUAGGCUGGUGCUGGGGUAUACAGCAUUCGAGGAGAUAAGGAUCGAUGCUUUGGAGCUGAUGCCGAAGGAAACGAUGGCUAAAGUCGCGGGCAAACAGAUCGAAGUACUGCGCAAGGCGGCGGAAUCGAAGGGGGAGAAGAGUAUCACAACUGCAAAUUGGGGCGGAAGGCUGCGCGAUAUCAACGGUCCAGACGGCAAGGACAUAUAUACCGAGCAUGCCUCGUUCAAGCCGGGGGAGUGGAAUGACUGCGGUAGGAAGGAUGAGUGGGGGAGGCAGAUCAUGUGCAAGGUGGACGACUUCAAGGCGUGGUCACCAAUGAUAUUCGUGAUAUCACUAAUGUUGCUGGCGGUCGUAUUGAUCGGGAUAUUUGUUUUGGUUGUGUUUAUGGCCUGGCUCGCAAUCCGCUUCCUGGGAGGCCAGAAGAUUCAGGAGGUGGUCACGGCUAAGGGCGAGAAUGAUGCUUUGCUGCUCUUUGGGGAUGAAGAGCUUUGA